GAGUUUACAAGUGGCGUUCAGUGUCACUGAGUGUAAUGACAACAAUCAGUCUCUCAGAUGACUUUUCUUAAUCUACGUCAAGAUCAGGAAGAUUAAAACAAGCUUCACCAGCUUAUAUAAACAGCAGCAGUUUAGAAGCAGGGCUCUCAAACACUCACUGUCCUGCGUGGGCUGUUAAGUGCUUUGACAAGAUCUGAAGCACAACAAGGGCACUUGCAUUUUUACUCUGAAGAUGCAGCCCAGACUGGUUCUCAGUGCUGUGCUGCUGCUGUACUUGCUUGCCCUUUUACAAGAUGCAGAUUCUUCUUUGAGGAGAUGUAAAAAACAAGAAAUAUCCAAGUGUUUGGGCACUAAAUCUACUAAAAUGUGGGUCAUCCUGGAUCCAACUCUGAACAUCUCAACUUUUGCCUCCCCGUCUCCAAACAGGUCUUUGUCACCAUGGACAUACGAGACUUCCUAUGACUCCUCACAAAUUCCAUUUAAAAUUUCUGAGGCAAAAUGUGAUAAAAGAGGCUGUUUAAAUGAAAAUGGGGAGGAAGACUUAGGACUGGAGUCUAAGCCUAUUUUCUACCAGAUCCAUGUCCUGAGAAGAGUCAAGGGCAAAAACAAGCGCUAUGCACUUAAACUGGAAAGUAAAAUCAUCAGUGUGGGCUGUACAUGUGUUUUUCCUAUUGUUGUUCCUCAGAUAUAGUGUUACACUCUUCUAUUGUGUAUUGUUAUAUCCUUGUAAUAAUCUCUAACCUUUAGCAGCAUUACUUUAAUCAUCUUCGUAUUUAUUGUAAUAUGUCCUUGUUUAAGAAACUGCACUCAUGGUUCUUGCUUCAAAACGUGUAGCAUGUUUCUGAAG